UCGACAGCUAGAGAUCUGGCAGUGUCUGUCAGUUCCCACUAUGUCCCACCCGACCGACGCUGCCGACUUUUUGAGCUGCUUGCCGCUAGACAUCGCCAUUAACAUCCUGAGCAUGCUGGAUGCACAGAGCCUCCUGAUGGCGAGCCGCGUCAAUAGAGCCUGGUUGAGUCUGAGCCGCGAGGCACUGCUGCAGGCGCAUGACUACAGAGACACCUGGUGGCUGGACGCCCACAACUGGAAGCACCUCUCCCAGCUGUCGGCGAUCCUCGCUGAUCGAGGGAGUGAAGUGGGCGGGGAUGCAGUUCAGCAGCGGAACACACCAGCGAGCGACACUGCCAGAGAGGAGAUGCUGUUGGAAGUUGGGAGGCAGUUGGAGGAGAUGCGGCUCAAAGUGCGGGGCGAAUGGAAGCGUCUGGAGGUGGACAUCUCGGCGCAGCUGGAGCUGGACCCGUGGUGCCCGCUGCAGCCGGAUGUGUUCAUAGGCCUGCUAAAGAACCAGAACAAAGGGUCUGCAGGGGCAGUACGCCCGCGGGACGCCUAA